AUGGCGAGCCCCAGCCCUGGCCCGGAAGACCUAUCAGCACCACCAAAGAUCCCAGAAGAGGAUGCUGGCGACCUCCCGGUUGCGCUUUCUGCAUCCUUGGUCCUGACCUCGCUCCCACGAGAUGGAAGGAUGGCUCUCGAUAAGGCGCUAAGCCCUAAGCCCACGAAAGGUGUUUUGCCCAUGUCCCAUUAUCAACUCCCCCUGGUGGGCUACAUACAGAAUGUAUCGUUAACCCUUCAUCUGUUUAUAGUCUCUAUCCGCUUUAAGGCUAUUGGCUCCGCCCCCAUCCUGAACAAAGAUGUCUACAAGAUCAAGACCAACCAGCGAUUCGAGAAUGUUGUCAAAUUUCUUAGAGAUAACCUAGGUAUCCCUGCCAGCGAGUCAAUAUUCACGUACAUCAACGCUACGUUUGCGCCGGCCCUAGACGAAAACGUUGGAAAUUUGUACAACGUGAGCAAAUGCUUCUGUCCGUGGGGAUAUGGAAAACUGGCUGACUGA